AUGGAGGGCGCGUGGCAGAGGAACUGUGAUUCACAGUUUCAGCCGUCGACGUCCGCGACGGUUUCGUCCGCACCGUCGCUGGAGCCGAAGGAUAUGAAUGCAAGUUGUCUUUAUCCACAAGUUGCUCUUGGUUUAAGAUCAAAAUUUGAUGGAUGGAAGCAAGGCCCUCUUUACCCAAGCUUUCCCCUCUCAACCACCCAUGGAUCAGGCCAAGCAGAUCCUGGAAAUUCAUUUCCGACUCUACUUUAUGGUCCUCCGUCCUUGUUUCAGUAUGAUUCUCAGAAUUUGUCUGAACGCAAGCUUUGCAUAUCAUCUGGUGAUUCUACUGUUGCAAUUGGGAAUUCUAUUUUUGGUUCUAUAGAAGGUGGAACCUUCCGAACAUCCAGUGUUGGGUUGAUAACUGAAAGUUUGAUUAACAGGAACCUGCAAAGUUGGGUGAACAAUUUUCCUGAGAUUUCUUCCAGGGCAAUGGUUGGUUUGAAUCAUAGUAGUAAUUCUGUCUUCAACAAUAUUCAGAGCAGCAAUAUUGCUACUCAGCACACAGUUCCUGGCGGAGAGAAAGCGAGGGAAUCUUUUUCUUUUCCAGGUCAGUGGCGAGGUACAGGCCCUGCAUCUAGUCUAAAUGUUCGCUGCUCAAAUAUUCAGACUACAAGAAAUAUUGUUUUAGAACGGUGCUCAUCUAAUUAUGCAACUCCUUUUAUUAGUGGGUGUCCUCGUGUGUUCUGCAUGGGUAAAAGUGGCCAUCUCCUUCUUAGUCAUACAGGGCUUCUUGGUGUUGUUUGCUCAUGCCAUUGUUGCCACAUGUCUGUUCUUAAGUUUUGUGAGCAUUCAGGGUUACAAGGUGUAGACCCAGGGGAUGCUGUUUGUAUGGAGAGUGGGGAGACCAUUUCACGAUGGCGAAAGCUUUACUUCUUGAAGUUUGGGAUUAGGUCUCUGGGAAAUGAGAAUGAAUGGGACUGGCCAGAAGUAUUAUCAACAACAGGCAGUCCGAUGAAACCCAAUGCAUCUGCAUUUGAUAUGUCCAAGACUAAUUUGUCUCAUAUGUUGAGUUCGUCUGCAGUCAAGUCAAGGUCUGAAAAGUCUUCUGACUAUGCCAUGUUUCCAAAUAAUUCUCAUAUGGACCACAAUUUGUUUAUUGGUGAGUUGUCCAGAAAACAACCAACGAUAAUCAAAGAUGGUGGCCACAUUCCACUCAAAGGUUUUACUGGUAUUUUACAAAGCAGCUUUUAUGAUCAGUUGAAAAACCAGUUAAUGGAAUCUAAUCUGGCUAUGUAUACAACUGCACCAAAUUUUGUUGGAACUCAACCGGAUGAUGGUUGUCACCCUAUACCUGCCUUUUUUUAUUCUCUGAGAACGAGAGGGAAUUUGUCAACUGCCCACUCUCCUUUGCAAACUCCAACGAGCCUUUUGAAAGACCAUGAUUGCAUCAAAAAGAAGAGUGCAAAUGAUGGUCUUGUUGGCAGAGAUGCAGCUUCUUCCAAUGUUGAUCUUAGGCUUGGUCAACCACCUCAGCCAGGAAAUCCACUUCCUUCAUUUAUAGAACCACUGCUGUUUAAUGCCGAUCCCAGUCCACCAAAAUUGCAACCUCAGAAGCAUAUGAGUAACAGUGCGUUGAAUCAAUGUUUUGUCGUAGCUGAUUGUUUGAGUAUGCAGACUUCAGCAAGGAGGAGGAAUUACAGAAUAAUUUUUAAAAUGGUUGAAGAAUUGCCUCAGCUUAAACCCAAGAACUAUAUGUCAGCUGUGAGUAAGGCUUCUGCUAAAGCCAGAGCAGAAGCUGAUAAUGUGGCCGAAGGUUUAUUAGUUUCACCAUUUGCACAAAUUGAUACACCAGGAGUAAAGACACAAGCUAGUGAAAAUUUAUGGAAUGAUUACAGCCCUAUCAUUCAUAAGAAAUUUUAUUCUGAUUAUGGUCACACGGGACGACAGUCAAAUAAAUCUGUUGUAGGGACCAAUAAAUAUUUGGACAGUAAUAAAGGGGUGAGCUUCGCCAAAGAUUCUGGUGCCAAAAUAAAUUCUGGAUUUGGAAUUAGUCAGUUAAUGGAAUAUCCAAGCUCCAUCAUGAGAGCUGGUGGUGGUUAUGAUAGUUGUAUUUCAAUUGUCAAUGAAAAGAUGUAUGAAUCAAAUUAUGAAUCUAGCUUGCCAUCAGAAUCAUCUGUGGGUGCAAAUAUUUUGCGUGGUAGGAAUGGAUAUUGUCAUUUGUGUGGCCUGUCACCAACACCUUUACAUGGUAAAGUAAAGGAAUCACAAUGUAAACAUUCUUAUGAUCUUCAAAAUAAAGAGACUUCUUUAAGCCUCGGUAUAACCAAAGACAAUAUCAGAUCAAGUGCAUAUGGAAAAUGCUCUGAGCAACCAUCAAAUACAUGUAUGGAAGGCAAUUACCCUUGUGCUGCUCGGGUAAACUGUUGCAGAAGCAACUUUUUCUCAGGAACUGAACCCCUUUGUUAUAACUUAAGGAAACAACUUGUUGAUGCCAGUGGUGAAACUUCUCCGAAGAUGCCUUCAGAUUUGACUAGAAACCUGAUUAUUUCAAAUGACAGAAAUAUCCACUUUGAGCAAGGUGGGAAGUUACAUGACCAAGGCUCAACCAAAAUUGGUUUUCAUACACCUCAAUGGAGAGAUGUGCCCAGCAAUGUCAGGAAAGCAGUUUGUGAUGCAACAUCUUUUAAUCAAACAACUACUGGUUUGGAUUGGGAAGGACAAGAGGGUUUUCAACCUGGAAACAUUUCCAUGAAACGCUCCAAAAGAAUGAUUUAUAUGGGAGAUGUGUCAAAAGAACAAGAAAAUUCUAAUGUUUCUUCUGGAUGCUCUGCUCCUGUGGUUAAUCAGGCAUCUUUGGUGGUCAACAAAAUUGAUUACUGUGCCAAGGAUGCUGUAGACACUGGCCUUGUAAACAACCUUGUAGUUGAUGAAGGGUCAGGUAUUGAUCAAGGCUCCUUGUCGGAUUUGGUUGUAAGUGAAAGAACUGAUGAGUUUCUGGGCUCGACCACUGGAAGUGACUUGAAAAAUGGUUGUUCCAAAGUCUUAAAUGAUGAAUCAUGUUGCAAUCUCCUUGAUGAUCUUAAACUGUUAGAUUCCUUGAUAUGGAAGAAAGAAAUGAAUCAAAAUCAUUUUGUGCUUUCUGCUGCUAAUUGUGUGAGAAAUCAAAUAGUAUUUUAG